AUGGCAGCCCGAUACCUUGUUGUCUUCAGCGCUAUAUUCGUCCUGACUCAAGGAUCAAAUAUUUUGCCGGAGGUAGCAGUCCACUCUGGGGUUGCCUCGUCCGCUGCUCCGGUUGUUGUUGUUCCUCAAGGACAUCAAUCAGCCUACCAGCCACAACGGCCGAUCUACAGCCAUGGCCCAGGAUCCAUUCCAGUCGGAGGACCUCAUCGUGUGAUCGGAUCAGGAUUGGCUGGUCCUCAUCAUUCGGCCUCGGUAUCCUACAGUCGUCCAGCUGCCGUGGUCGUUCCUGGUCCUAGAGUCGUUAUCUCAGCUCCCCGAGUGGUGGCUGCCCCAGUGGCUCCUAUCUACCAUCCCCAUGGAGUGGCGGCACCAGUUGUUAUUGGUUCUGGUCACGGCAACAUUCAUCAGACUCGUAGCCUUGGCCACAAGCCCUAUUAG